UCAGCGUGGGUGAUGUUUGAUGAAUCUGCUGGGGCUGAAGAAUACAUCAUUAUCACAAAUAACAGUCAGGGUGCCAUCGAGACAUUUGAGUGCAACUCCACAUCAGAUGGGAUGUGCGCUGUACCAACGCUGGCCUGCAGCCAGAAUCUCACCUUUACCUUGAAGGCCCAGAAUGAGCAGUGCACCAGUGCAGCCAGCAAUGCUCUCACCACCGAAACAGCACCGUGUCCUCCAAAAGGCAUAAUGGAAACCAUAAACUGCGACAAUAGUACCCUUUCAAUUACCUGGUCAGAUGUUCCUGGGGCAUUAACGUAUACAGCCACGCUUGAAAAGCUUAGAGGUGGCACACCCAGCUGCUGCACCACAUCUGCUACUGGGUGUGACAUCAGAGACCUGCCGUGUGGAGAGAUGUACAUCCUGCAUGUAACAGCUGAGGGACGAACCUGCAACAGCUCAGAGAAUGAUGGGCUCAUCACAAGGACAGUGGCUUGCGUGCCGGAGAACCUCAAAGCCAAUUUGAUCUGCAGCAACAAUGUGGCCUCCAUGUCAUGGGGCUACAGCCAAGGUGGCCAACUCUACACGGUGAGAGCAGUGAGCACCAACGGCGAUGAGUCCGAGUGCAGGUCGCCUGAUAACCAGUGUGAUCUGACAGACCUGAUGUGUGGAGAGCAGUACACAGCUACCGUGACUGCCGAGGACAUGGAGUGCAAGAGCAAACCCAGUGACAAUGUGACAAUCAAGACUGUACCAUGCACUCCUGAAAAUACGUCCUCUGUGAUGGACUGUGAGGCCAACUCUCUCAUCAUCUCCUGGUCUGAGAGCGCAGGAGCUGACUCCUACAUUGCCACACUGCAGGACAGCGACAGCCAGAGCACAACCUGUCAGGGAACCACUGAGGGCUCGUGCAACGUGACAGGACUCAGCUGUGGCCAGGUCUACCACGUCUCUGUUGUCUCCUCUGACGGAUACUGCAAUAGCCCGCCCACAAAUGUGCUUGACACACAUUCAGUGCCUUGUAAACCAAGAACUAUCAAGGCAAUGAUGGACUGCUACACAAAGACAGCCAGGGUUUCCUGGAACCCUAGCAAUGGUGCUUUGUCCUACAUGGUGAUAGCCUCCACUGCAUCAGAUCACAACGUCACCUGUAAGACCAACAUGACCUCUUGUGAACUGAAAGGACUGCAGUGUGGUCAGAGCUACUCUGUUUCUGUGAAAUCCGUGGGAGAGAGCUGCUGCAGCAGCGCCAACAUGACGGGAGUCCUGGUCACUGAACCUUGCAUUCCUGAACGAAUCACCACUGUGUACACCAUGACCAUCGGCCAGGUGCAGUGGGACAAGGCUGCUGGUGCUGAUAACUACACGGUCAGAGGGGAAACGGAGCAGGGCCUUGGAGUCUCCUGCACCACCAGGGACAACUUCUGUGCAUUAUAUAAUAUGAACUGCGGGCAGGUGUACAAUAUCACUGUUACAGCACACAAUCGUGUGUGUGAAGACGUGUCCAUCUCCGCUGAAGAAGCUGCUAUUUUGACAGAGCCCUGUCCACCUAACAACGUGGAGACCAAUGUGAACUGUCAGGAGGACCUGGGAACUGUGUCAUGGGAGGCCAGCUGGGGCUCUGAGGGCUAUGAGGUUCAGCUUGCAGGGCGUGAUGGCCACUUUUUGACCUGCCACACAAACACCACAUUCUGCAACGUGAAAGACCUGCACUGUGGGGUCGUCUACUACACCAGCGUCAUUGCUAUUGGGGACAUCCGCAGAAGAAGCAAGCCCACCACUGUGCUGCUGACUGCAGGUCCCUGUACAGCCAGUAACGUGGUGGCUAGCUAUGACUGCGACAACAACACAGCAGAGGUCUCUUGGAGCCACGGCGAAGGGGCCAGCUCCUACAUGGUGACUGCUGUAUCACCAGAUGGGUACCGAGCUUCCUGUGAAACUAACGAGCUUCAGUGUGAACUGUUGGACCUGGAGUGUGGUCAGACGUACAACAUCACCCUCACAACUGUCAGCGACCAAUGUGAGAUUGAGACGCACACCAACGUUUCCUUCAGCACACGCCCCUGUAAGCCGCUACGUGUUGGAGUGGACCUCCAGUGUGGGACGAGUACAGCCAACAUGUUCUGGAGUGAAGACGAAGAUGUGGAGCUCUUUAUGGCUACUGCCAUCAGCAGCAUGGGAAUGACUUUGCAGUGUAACUCCACCAACUCCACCUGCAAGUUCCCUGAUUUGCAUUGUGGAGAGAAAUACGUGUUUUCUGUCACUGCGUACAGUAACAUGUGCUACAGUGAAAACAGCAGCGCUGUGGAGAUCCAGACAGAACCAUGCCAGCCAACUGGCCUGUCAGUCAGCGGAUCAUGCAAUAAUGAGACAGUUAUGUUGCAUUGGUAUAAGGCCCAGGGGGCAGCGAUGUACGUAGUAACAGUCACUGGAGAUCAGGGGUAUAUAUUAACUUUCCAAAGCAAUGAGACAAAGAUAGAAGCCGAUCUGCCCUGUGGACAGCUGUUCACUUUCACCGUAAUGGCACAAGAUGAUCAAUGUGACAGUGCCAUGAGCCAGCCUAAAAAUUACAAAACGGGUCCCUGCAUCCCUGAGCAAGUGCAGAGCUACACACACUGCGAGAACAGUCUUGGCUCCGUCAGCUGGACCAUGUACACCAAAGCAGAGUCGUACUUGGCCAUAGCAGUGGCAGAAGACGGCCAUAUCCAUGAGUGCACCACAAACACCACAAAAUGCACGUGGAACGACCUGCACUGUGGUGAAAUAUAUACCGUUAACGUCAUCGCACUUGACUACCAGUGCACCAGCAUGCCGAGCAACAGCACGACAAUUCGGAUGGCACCAUGCAUACCUCAAGGUUUGAAAUCAUCUAUUAACUGCACUACAAAGGUUGGAUCGAUGACCUGGAAUGCAAGUGAGACCGCUAAGUUUUACAUCGUCACCGCAAAGACAAACAGUGGCCACAAAGUGCAGCUGAGCACCAAUGACACGUGGACUUUCAUUUCUGAGUUCAUGUGCGGUCAGGAGUACUUCCUGUCUGUUCAGGCAGCAGAUUCAGUGUGCACAAGUCAGCCCAGCCAGCCCUCAAGACUUUUUUCAGAGCCCUGCCCGCCAACUGAUGUGCGCAGCGUCUUGAACUGCUUGUCAAACAUCGCUCUGUUGUCGUGGACCGGCUCAGCAGGGGCGGAGUUCUACACCGCCACAGUAACGGCAGAGGAUGGCCACACAAUGAGCUGCGCAUCUGACAGCGAGCAGUGUGCCAUUCCCAACAUCCAAUGUGGAAAGAGCAACAUAGUGACAGUUGUCGGUUCCAACAGGAUCUGCGAUUCUGACCCAAGUAAAGCUGACAUACUGCAGUCAGUUCCUUGUGUUCCCACUGAUGUGCGAGCGUCGAUCAGCUGCUCCCGAAACGAGGCUGUUGUGUCCUGGAAUGCCAGUAAGGGGGCUCUGCUUUACAAAGUGUUAGCAGUAAGCACACAGAGAGCUGAGUCCAACUGUGCAACGGAAUACACAAAUUGUACUUUGACCAACCUGACUUGUGGACACCAAUACCACGUCCAGGUGGUAGCCCAGGACAACAUCUGUUCGAGCUUGCCAAGCCCGGCUGUUGACUUUGAAUCAGUUCCCUGCACACCCAACACUGGCUUUGUGAUUUUGGACUGCUACACCAACUCGGCCCUCCUGGAAUGGAUGUAUUCUGAAGGCGCCUUGAAGUACAUCUCCACAGCCCAAUCCUCCAGCGGCCAUGUUUCCACCUGCACCACCAACCUCACCCACUGUGAACUGGAGAACCUGCAGUGUGGCCAAACAUAUGAUGUGGUCACUGUGGCUUCGAAUGAUCAAUGCAGCAGCCCACCUAGCACCAUGUUACAGGUGGAAUCAGUGCCCUGUACUCCUGAAGAUAUUGUGACAGUUCUGGACUGCUAUCGCAACACAGCUCUGGUGGAGUGGCAGCCCAGCAGGGGGGCUGACUCCUACAUCGUCCAAGCUUUCGGCGUGGAGGAACACGAAACCAACUGCUCAACAAACUCACAGUCCUGCAUCCUGCCUGACCUCAUGUGUGGCUUUACCUACAAUGUCAGUGUGAUCGCUAUUAACAGUGUGUGUAAUGUGUCGCAGAGCGAAGUGCAACAACUGCAAGCAGUACCCUGUGUACCUGAUCUGGUGGAAGCCCGAGUGGUUUGCGAGUCUGGUGGGGUCAUGGUCUCCUGGCAGCAGAGCAAAGGGGCCUUAUCCUACAGCACGGUAGCACAGGGCAGCGGCGGAUAUGCUUCGGUUUGCAACAGCACCACAACAACUUGCCUGUUAGAUAAUGUGCUGUGCGGCCAGAACUACUCAAUCACAGUCAUUGCAUCAGACCACAUGUGUAGCAGUGAUGAGAGCUCUUCUGUGGAGAUUAACACAGUGCCAUGUGUGCCACAGAAAGUUUCAGCAGAGAUGGUGUGCAGCAGUAACAUAGGAGUGGUGUCAUGGGAAGAAGAUGAAAGAGUCUCUUCAUACCAUGUGCAGGCAUUAGGACCAGAUGGUCACAAAACGUACUGUAACAGCUAUGAAACCAGCUGUGAGUUGACCGGCAUGCAUUGUGGCCAGCUCUACAACCUGACGGUAUCAGCUCAGGAUGGACGCUGUGACAAGAGCAACUCCUACCUCGACCUGAUAUCUGUUCCUUGCAAGCCCACCAACGUCAGAGCUUCUCUACGCUGCCAAACUAACUCUGCUGCAGUAACAUGGGAGCGGGCCAGCGGAGUGCUCUCUUAUGUUGCAGUUGGUGUUACCACAGAUGGGGGUCACAGGGCAGAGUGUAAUAACACAAUGGCCUACUGUGAUCUGAGCAACCUGCAGUGUGGACAGACCUACAAUGUCAGUGUGUUUGGCCUGGACGAGUCCUGCUCCAGCGUGGAGAGCAACAAGACUUACGUGCGGACAGCCCCAUGUCCACCUCAGAAUGUGGUUGUUGAUGCACAAUGUGCUAAAGGGGCCAUGGUCAUCUCCUGGUCUCCCAACCCUGACGCCCAGUACUUCCAUGUAGCGGUAGUGAGCAACACUGGAGCGAGACUGUACUGUAACUCCAGCAGCAAUGCCUGUACUAUAAACAGUCUGCCUUGUGGUCAACACUACAACAUCACAGUGCUGUCUGUUAGAGAUACUUGUGAGAGCAAACCAAGUGCUGUGGUCGCAACUUCCUCAGCCCCAUGUGUUCCUACGAAGCCUAAUGGCCAUCUGGACUGCGUGUCAAACUCAGCCUGGGUGACCUGGACGCUCUCAGCUGGGGCAACCAGUUACUUCGUGCUGGGCAAGGCAGCCAGUGGUCACAACUCCAGCUGCACUUCCUCCUCAUCCCCCUGUGAAGUCGCAGAUCUGAAAUGUGGGACCCUUUACAACUUCCAUGUCACAGCAAACAACAAGCACUGCAGCAGUAAUCACAGCACCAUCUUUGAGAUUGAGACAGGUCCUUGUGCUCUAGAGGCCCUCAGUGCAACAGUUGAAUGCAACAGCGACACCAUCCUGGUUGAAUGGAAGCAAACCCUGGACUCUCCUCUCUACCUGGUUACAGCUGAAGCCGACGAUAAGACCAUCAUUUCCUGUAACAGCUCAUCAAAUUGGUGCGUCCUCCAAGAUGUUCGCUGUGACCUGCACUACAGCAUCAUAGUAUCAGCUUCUUCUGACAAGUGCAGCAGCCUAAGAAGUCCCCCAACAAAGAUCAAAACCGCCCCCUGUGUCCCAAGCAAUGUGACAGUGGUGCCACGGUGCGAGGACAAGGGGGCUGUGGUUUCGUGGGCAAAAUCAUCCGUGGCCACAUCCUACCAGCUGAUGGCCACAGGACAAGAUGGACAUGUUAUGACCUGCAACAACUCGGUGAACCACUGCUCCCUGGCUGACCUUCACUGUGGUCAGACGUAUGGCUUAAGCAUCACUGCUGUGGGAGACAACUGUACUAGCUACCCCAGCAACUCAUCCUUCAGAACAGUUCCUUGCGCACCUUCUAAUCUCACCGUUGAUGUUGACUGCCGGACGAACUACGCCAGGCUUUCAUGGGAUUACACUAAGUUUGCUGGGGAGUAUUUUGGCCAUGCAGCAUCUAUGGAUGGAGAAACAUUCUCCUGUGAUAGCAGCAAAACUUCGUGCACACUUGGAACCCUACAGUGUGGUCACACCUACAACUUCACUGUUAAAGCUUUUGAUGGCAUCUGCAACAGCUCCAUCAGCUUACCUCUGCAUGAAGGAGCAGCUCCGUGCCCUCCAUCUCGUUUGAAUGUUCGUAUGCAGAGAAUAAAGCAAAUGUACUGGGCCAUGAUCUCAUGGGACAAAGUCAACUGUUCAAACAUUGAGUAUUUGGCUGAAAUUAAAGGCCAGAUUGGAAAUAACUCGCAAACCCUGAUGAAAGUCUCCUCUUACUGGCUGCUCAGGCCUUACUUUGAGCUACCAAUGCCUUGCAGCACAGCUUUUACUGUGGCUGUAUUCUCCAGAAACUCGGGUGGAGUCAGCAAGUCAUCCAGAAUCUUCUCUGGAAUCACAGAGCCCUGUGCGCCACAGAGGGUGAAAUACAGUGGGAACACAUCCCAGGUCCUGUUGUCCUGGGAUGCUUCGGUGUUUGCCACAAUGUACACAGUCUACAACGUAUCAGGGGGCAGCUAUGUGAAGCUCUGCAACACCACGGGGCUCUCCUGCCAGUUGACUAACUUCAACCCUGCUGCCACAAAAGUAACAGCCAGCAAUGCUGUGGGGGAAAGCAACCCAAGCCAAAACAUUACAGGUCCAGUGAGUGCACGCAGAAGACGAGAUCUGCAACCCACUCAACUCAAUGCCUAUGAAGGUGAAAAUCUUGAAACCCCAGAGGUGCUGGCUGUAACAGUAAGCGGAGGUUCUAUGUAUGUGAGGUGGAGGAUGGUGAAAGGCGCAACCAAGUAUGAGCUCAUCAUCGAGGAGGAGCAGAAAGCGGGGCAGACGACUCAGCUGCCGAGAGUGAGAAAUAUAGACGGGGAUUUUUACACAGAGACUGAUCUGAAACCUGUGACCACCUACUGCGUCAGAGUGGCAGCGAAGGACGGCUUCAACCAAAGCAACUAUUCCUGGCCCGCAUGCAGAAAAACCGGUGCUUUGUGAAGAUACAAAUUUCAUAUAUAGAGACUGGAUGAAACAUUUUUUUUUCCACUAAGUAGCAUCCAUACGUAUUCGUUCUGGUUUGUUCUCAAAGAACUUUAGGAAGAUACAAAAAUUGCAUCAAUAAGGCCAGAUUUUUUCUUUAAGGUACAUUUUACUUGUCUCAGAGAAAUACUAAUCAAAACUAUGAGAAAAUAUCAUUUAGACAUUUAUAGCUGUCUUAAAGUUUGCUGAAGUCAUAUUUAUCAAAAAUUGUUAUAUUUUUAAGAUAGGUCAUUAGAUUCUUGGGAUGAUUGUUAAACCUAAAAAACUCAAUAAACCGAUAAUUUAUCAAGAAAUAUAUUCAAAAGCAUUCAAUAUAUUUUCCUGGUGAUGAACUCUGACUUCUCUUUGUGAAUUACAGGUUUUUCUAACUGUUCUGCUGAUGAUGAAAUAAAAAGAAAUUUAUGACACAUUGAAA